AUGUUGUCCUUUUGGCAGGACAGCAGCAGGCGACUAUCUCUCCCGUCCAUCAUUCGCCACAUCCCUCAAUGGCGUUUCGUGCUGCUUGCCUUCGUAUUCCUUGCAACCUACCAGUUUUUAUCCUUCGCUUCCCUCUCGACAAGAUCAACAAUUGAAGAGACCGAACCAGCACUAUCUCCAUCGAAUGGACGCACCCCAUUUGAUAUGGGUCGGGUCACCGACAGGGUCGCCGCUGGACAUGUCCUGGUCACUGGCGGAGGCGGGAACAUCGGGAAACACAUCGUUCGGCGUCUUCUGUCCGCUUCAACUCCUGUCACCCUUCUCGACGCUACUUGGCGUCCAGACGAACUCCUCCCUUCACUCACAUCCUCCUCCCGUUCCCUUCUCAAAGUCGUCAAGGGUGACAUCCGCAAUACAACGCUCCUAUCCGACAUCCUCACACCUGAUAUCGUCGGCAUCGUGCACCUUGGCGCCGUUUCCCGCGUGCUGCUGUGCCUCGAGAACGAAGCUGACUGCUGGGAUAUCAAUGAACGAGGAACGAAACUUACGUUGGAGGCAUUAUCCAAUUUGAAUGCAAGGGACAAUGGACGCAGAUGGUUCGUACUCGCUUCUUCGAGGGAAGUAUACGGAGAUAUGCCUCCGGGAAAGGAAAAUAUACCAUUCAAGGAGGAUACGGAAAAGAAACCUGUGAAUGCGUAUGGAGCGAGCAAGUUGGCUUCUGAGAAGGCUGUGGAAGCACAUCUAGAGCAAAUCAAAAAGCAGAAGCGCGGCGGGUCGAUACAUGCUAUUGCAUUGAGGUUGUCGAAUGUGUAUGGAAGUAUAUAUGAUCAUGUGGAGAGGUUGCUGCCUUCUAUCGCUACGCAGGCAUUAUCACAUCAGCUUAUACAGAUUUCGGGGGGCGAGCAACACUUUGACCUACUUCAUAUUGACGACUGCGUCGACGGAUUCCUCCUCGCUGUCAAAUACCUAACUUCAUCUCUAUCCGGGCACGCUCCACGCACCUACUUCAACGCGUUUAACCUCGCCUCAGGUUUCUCCGCCCCCGUCUCCACACUCGUUUCCACACUCGUAAAACUCGCACGAUCCAAAUCGCCUAUCCAGUACAUCCCAGGUGACAAUCGUUUCCCAAACACCUAUCGGGGAAGUGCCGAAAAGGCACAAAGAAUCCUGGGUUAUGAGCCUCAGGUCAACGUCGAAGAAGGUCUGGAACGAUUCGUGCGAGCUUUUCUUCAACAAACGGAACAUUACCUUUCGGCAAAGAUAGGAUCGACGUGUGGAAAGGCAUCCCCUUCUAUCGAAGAAAGUUCAGAUGAGAAUCUGAACAAAUUGGAUGGAUGUACGGUUCAUGUGAGUGUGGACAUCCAACGUGAAUUCGCUGGUCUCUUCCCGCCAAAAAGUGGGGAAAGCGAUCAAUGGACGACGGGUACGACCAUGCCUCCUCCCACGCUUCACACGGAUAUCAUCGUUCGUUCGGAUCCCCAACCUGUCAAGGACUUGCGACCGCCUCCUGAGGAACGAGGGGAGGAUCACGUUCGUCCUUAUGGUGGUGCUGACCAUCACAGCAAGGGAGAAAGGGUGCUUAUUCGGAUCAAAGCUUGGGACAAUGGCGAAUGGGUGUUUCUUGGCACGAAAAAGCCAGAGUCAGGGUUUAAAGCAGGCUCUGUGACGCUUCAGAGGAUAAGCGAGAAAGAAUUGGGAAAAGGGGUUGGGGUUGGGGUUGGGGUUGCAUUCGCAGAUUGGGAAUUGGAGGCGAACCCGGAGCAAGGGACAGUUCGACUUGCCGUUCCGGGGACGAAUCUCUUCUUGAAGGGCCCUACGUUUCUUGGGAAGAAUUUUACGUUGGCGGAGAAGAAGGAUGAAGGGGGAGGAAGGGGAAGAGGUGUGGAGGUGAACAACAGGGGAGAAGAGGAGGUUUGGCCUAUGAAGAUCUCGCCAAGCUGUUGUCCCGCACCGGCUCCGUGGCCUUUCUUUCAUGAUAAUCCUAUCGACUAUACGAUCGAGUACCAAAAAACCUCUCUCGACCGUCCAUUCCUAGCUUCCCCGGCUAAAGCCCUUUGUAACCGUCUUCGGCGUGCCAAGAUGAAGGUUACUCAAGAUCUCGCCACGCUCUCCAGCCUUCAACGCAAAAAAACUCACAUCAACAAACUCAGCUCGCACCCAAUAGAUUGGUCUAAUGCAAACUUGCCAGCAUGUUCCAAUGCAUGCGAUCACCCUACAAUCUGCGUAGAUACGGGAGAUUGUCAAUGUGUGCUGUCGACAUGUCCUGCAUCCCAACGUUUCCCCUUUUGGUCCUUUGCUAAUCUUCCAGUUUUGUCCUACCCUCCGCCAUCACUAUCGCCUUCUGAAUUAAAGACUGAAUCGAAAUCCGCUGAAUCGCCACUCGUAGAGGCUGUGAAGCGUUCUUCAUGGCGGAACGUCCUUCGAGCGCAAGCUUCUCGAUUCGUCGGAUUCAACAUCUCCUUUCCUCGAAUAUACGUCGCUCCUUUGUCGAACGAUGAUGAAGAAUGGGUGAAGAAUUGGAAAGAUCAGGAGGGUAGGAUGUACGAUAUUGGAGCAUUGAGAGAGAAGCAUUGUUUGAGUGCUGAUGCUCAGUUGGAGAGGGGUGUGAAGAGGAUGGGCGUUCCGCCGCCGAUCCCUGAUUUUGGUGUUGGUGAGGGUGAAGGAGUUAAGAAGGUGAAAGGAGAGGAGAAUGGUGCUGAGAUAGUGUUCGUACCGCAUUAUGAGGGAAGAUGGAAUAGCGGGAAACGGAUCCAGGGAACGUACGAGCACACUUGGAAGACGGUCCGGGGCUUCGAUGCAUCCAAGGUCAUCAUUCCGUUCACAUUUGAUUGGGGUCUGUGCUUGACCUUUGAAUGGAAUGUUUGGAAACUCCGACGGAAACAUGGACCAAGGUUGUCUCCAAUCCUCAGGUCCACGACGGCGUGGAGCGUGAUGGCCGAUCUAAACUCACCAUGUUACAGACCCCAUCAAGACAUAGUGAUCCCACCUCGGACCUGUUUGUCUAAGCGACUCCUUGAGGCUUAUCCGGAUAUCUCAGAUGUUCGACCCGCCCGCGACAGACGCGUCCUCGUUGCCUUUUCUGGCUCCUUAUGGGGUACGGGUUUCCUCAGUAGGCAGAGAGUGGAAUGCCCCCGCCAUGGGUGGUCCUCUGGCGAGUCAAAGCGGAAACUACAUCUCAACGGUCCUCUGCUGAAGGCUAUAUACCAUGACACUGGGAGUUACGACUAUAUCAACUUGCUGAACGAUACGAUCUUCUGUCCACAGCCUGCUGGUACCACUGGUUGGUCAACUCGUCUCGUAGAUUCGAUAUAUGCGGGUUGCGUACCCGUCAUCAUUGGACGAUCCUCACAUUAUCCAUUCUUCGAUAUGAUCGAUUGGAGCAAGAUUUCGGUGACCGUCGAAUCCUCCGACCUUCCCGAUCUUGAGAACGUCCUCCUGUCGCGGUAUACACUCGAGGAUAUCGAACGGCUGCAAGCGAACAUGAUGCUUGUACGAGAUGCGUUUGUGUACCCUUUGGACGAUGUUAGGCCUGAGUACGCUCAGAAGAGGAUGCUCGAUGAUAGAGGCCCGUUGUACUUUGCGCUGCAAUCGACCCGGAUGAGGAUGAUGAUGCAAUGGCCCGCCGACGACGUGGUGGAUCGGCCAUGA